UUAUGCUUUAGUACGGUGCGCAUCUCAUGCGUUUUCGAGACGUCUAUGAUUACAGUCAUACUAGCGUGAUGAGUGCCAUAUGAGAGCGCUAUCGACAAGCAAUGGCAAGAAGUUUGCACCAAAGUUACGGAACUUUUUUAUCAGCCUCGUCCAUGCAAACAUCACAAAAAUAGACUAGACUCUGUCCGUCCUGCGUUCGACUCUCGUCUUUGUAAUCUUCCAGCAAAUACUACUAUGGUUCUUCAGCAACGCCCUUUGGGCAGCUUCCAGUUCUUGAAAUCGACGAGAAGAAGACGUGGCAGUCUCACGCUAUAUGUCGUUACUUAGGCAAGCAAAUGGGCUUGGCUGGAGCUAAUGAUUGGGAAAAUCUCCAGAUUGACAUGGCUGCUGAUACAAUAUCAGACAUAAGAAUGAAAAUGGUAAGUCCUGCGCAUGAGACUGACGAAACAUUAAAGCAAAAGAAGAAAGCAGCAGUCAUAAAUGAAAGUCUACCAUUUUUGUUGCCAAGACUAGAUAAAAUGGUGAAGGAAAAUGGAGGUUAUCUUGCAAAUAGCAAGCUUUCGUGGGCAGACCUCUAUUUUGUAGCACUGAUCGACUAUCUCAAGGCCAUUAUUGGAUUUGACAUAACAAAAGGUUAUUCAAACCUUGCUGCGCUCGAAAAGACCGUACUUGAAAUACCAGCUGUUGAAUAGUGGGUUGCGAAGAGACCAAAAACUGAAAUGUGAAUUUAGUAGCGUGUUAAAUACAUGUAAUGUUAGAAAUCUGAAUUGAUCUACAUUUAAAUAUUCAUUAUAUGUUGUUAGAACUGUGAUACACCUUUGCGACUGCAAAAAGAUGUAAAAAAUCUUCCUGUAAAAGAUCAUAUAACAAUACCUUUCCAUUUACAAGACUCAAUCAGAACAAUAACAUUGGAGAUAGUUCA